AUGUAUAGUGAAAGUAAUGAUAGUGAGCAGAAACAUGUCACAAUAGCAAAUUUGAAUAAAACGCUUAAAGAGAAAGAGCUUGCUUCUAUCAGCAAUAGCUCUUUACAAAGAGUGCUGCCCACCAUAGGCUUUAAAUAUAAAAAAGAUGGUAAUAGAAGAUUUCUAGUUGAGCAAUCCAGUAUUGCUUUACUUCGCACCAAAUUUUUGAGAAGUUAUAAUGAUUAUGAGGAUAGAGAGAAGAUCAGAACUUUUGGCUAUCCCUGUGACUUAUGUAACCGAGUCAUAUGUGAAAAAUGCAACUCUCUACAAGCGCAAGAAAUUAGAGUAAUCCCCAGUUCUAAUAGGACUUUAGUCUACACCUGUCCUGAAUGUAAACCGCUCUUCAAGGAAUCACUACAAGCAUUUAAGCAAAUUCAAUCCCUACAGCAGGAAAUCUCAUUGCAUAAGAAGGAGAUUUCAAAUCUCAAGGCGAGAGUAAAGAAUACUGAAAAUGAACUGCAACUGAAGGCAAAUAAGGCUGAUAUGGACAAAGACAGGGCUGCAGAGAAAAGAUAGAGGUCCUAGUCAAUUCUCCAAAGUUUGUGAUUGCCCUUUUAUAGAUCAGGAUAAGAAAAAUGGACCAACAUUAUUUGAUUUUAAUAUUAAAAAGAGAUUCAACAUAACAACCCCAGAAAACAGGUAUGCAUACUGCAUAAAAAGCAUGAUCAUAAUAUGCUUUUUUUUAGAAAGCAUGAUCACAAUAUGCUUUUUUUUAGAAAGCGGUCAUAAAGCAACAGGAGAAUCAAUCAUUUGCUGACUCACUACCAGACCUUUCUACACAGCCUUACUCCACUCAAGGCAAGCUGCCAAGUGAACCAUCAAAACCCUUUAACAAUCCAGAACAAACAGUGACUCUAUUAAAACUUGAUAGUUUACUUCUCAGCCCAUCAUCUGCUUCUCAAGAUGCUGAGAUUUAUUUUUGAAACAAGUUAAUGAAUUAACUGAAAAAUUAGAGAAGUUAACAACAAGGUUUAGUUAUGAAGCAAUAAAAAAAAAUGAUGCUCAUAUAUUAAUGUACACUGGUACACCAACAAAUGAAUUAUUUAUUGUGCUUUUUGAGCUAAUGAAUGACAUACAAAUAAAAUAUUAUGCUGGCUGGAAUGUUGCAACAUAUCCCCAAAGUUGAUCAGCUUCUGAUGACACUGAUGAAAUUACGACUGAAUUUGCCCCAUGAAGAUCUGAGUAUUAGAUUAAAUUGCAGCACAGCUACUGUUACCACUAUUAUUAUGACUUGGAUUUACGCUUUGCAUGAAGUGCUAUUUGAACAUUUGGUGAAGACAAUACCAUCCAGACAAAGAAACCAAAUCUGCCUUUCUGCUGCAUUUACUAAUUUUAAAAAUUGUAGAAUUAUAUUAGACUCUACAGAAAUUUACUCCACAGUUCCAGCAAGCAUGGAAAAUCAGAGGUUGACAUACAGUUCUUAUAAACACAAAAAUACAUGGAAAGUUUUGGUAGGAGUGGCACCAAAUGGGGUAAUAACAUUUGUUAGCAAAGCUUAACUAGGGUCAAUAUCUGACAAGAAGAUUGUUGAACAGAGCAAUGUUUUAAAUCAAAUGGUUCCUGGAGAUAUGAUUCUAGCAGACAAAGGUUUUUUAAUUAAAGCCCUUCUUCCUGCUGGGGUGUCGCUCAAUAUUCCACCCUUUUUAACUACACCCCAGUUCACAGAGUCGCAGGUAUAUGAAACAGCAAAUUGCAAAAGCCAGAAUUCAUGUAGAACGAGCCAUCAGAAGAAUAAAAUGUUAUAUUUUGCAGCAGGUUCCACCUUAUUAUAUAUAUCCCAAAUUUCAGUUGUUUUUCAAUUGUGUGCAGCUUUAACAAACUUUCAAUAUCCGCUAAUUAAAGAAGUUGAAGAAUAUUAUUAAACUGUUAUAGUAGAACAUUUGGUUUUAUUUUUAGUUUUUAUAGUUUUUCUAUGAACAGUUACAAUUUUUGUGCGAUAACAUUUCAAUCUGCGAAAAAUGUCUCACUAUUAAAGUUUAUAGUUUGGAUUAAAAAUCAAUGGUUAGUCAUUAAGUGAUUAGAAUUUAUUUAUCGACUCAAAUUAAUACAUUUAUUAGCAAAAGUUAUAACAGAUUCAAAUGUUAUCAGGUAAAAAUGAUCACAUUGUAGUUAAUUUCAUUUAGAAACUUCUAUUGUAUAUUUUAUUUAAAAGUGUAGCAGGAGCACCAAAGUCUUGACUGCUUGCUUUGAGUUUUGUGCUUCCACUGUUGAUUACAUAUACAUCAGUAAAUAAAAGUCGUAUUUAUUCAAAACAUA